AAACCCAAUACAUACGACAUGUUCAGAUCACCUUGUCAAAGAAAACAUCUGCAACUUUAUACAAGACAGAUUCACAUAAAUGUAAUUGUGUAUGAGAAAAACAAUCCAGUUUCAGCAAUAUCCAUACAGUAUGUACAGCGAGCAGCCACUGCCUCUAGUUUACAGAGAUGGACUGUAAUCCACCGCUGUAACUGGUAAUGAUUACAUUUAAUAUUUAAGUGAGAUACUGUAGCAUUGACUGUAGCACUGUAGUGCUGUCGAUGGCUUUUUUCCACUACAGUCCUGGGAUCUUACAGGGACAUAGAGAGAAGAUACAGAAAGCACAAUUCUGUCUCACUAAUGUCCCCCCACCUGUAAGAUACUAAAGGUUGAUGCUGAGAUCGAGGCUGGAGUUAGUUCCUAUGUUCUCUCGGUUCCUGGAUGGACCCUACUGCAUCUCUCUGUCUUUGUCUCUUUCAGAACACCGAGGCUUUUGCCCUCCAGAGCAACUCCAAGCUGAGACCAGAGGACGGUCGGGGGCGCUGCCCUUUCGACCCGCACCAGAGGAACACAGCCAUUGCUGUCGAUGGAGAGCUGUACACAGGGACUAUGGCCAACUUUCUGGGUGACCGACCAGUCAUCUCACGUUUCCUGAGUGAAAGGAAGCAAAGAGACCUCAAAUUAGAUGACAUACAGGGCUGGCUGACAGAGCCCACUUUCAUCAGCUCCACCUUCAUCCCCAGUGAGGACAAAGUCUAUUACUUCUUUAGGGAGACGGGCAUGGAGUACGAUUUCAUCAAUGACUACACCGUCCCUCGUGUCGCCCAGGUCUGCAAGAGUGAUAUGGGAGGGAAGCGUAUCCUGCAAAAGUGCUGGACUACCUUUGCCAAGGCUCAGCUCCGCUGCCAGGCUGAUACAGAGUUACCAUUCAAUAUCAUCCAGGAUAUGGUCACCCUCCCACCCCCAGAGGGCGCUCCUACUGAUGACACACUAUUUUACGGUGUCUUCAGCUCACAGUGGUCAGUGACUUCAGGGCAGUCAGCAGUGUGCAGGUUUCGACUUGGGGACGUAAAAAAUGUGUUCGCUGGAAGCUACAAAACACUUAACCGGGGCACACUGCGAUUUGAUACUCUUCACAACGAGAAGGUGGCCAGUCCAGGGAAGUGUGGAUUGCACAAUGCCUCGGACACCAAGCUGCGGUUUGUGAAAGAUAACUUCCUGGCAGAAGACAGUGUGCAGUCGGCGGACCGGGGCCUGGCGCUUGUGUCUCGCAGUCAGCUCUACAGCAGGAUCCUGGCCCAGAGGACCCAAGCAGCCAGCGGAAAGAACUUCACAGUGCUCUUCCUGCUCACUGAAUCUGGCUUCCUUCACAAAACAGUGCUGUCAGACCAAGGUCCUCAUAUCAUAGAGGAGAUCCAGGUCUUCAAGCAGCCACAGUCUGUUAAAAAUAUCCUCCUCUCCCUUACCAAGGGAGUGGUGUUCGUGGGUUCCUCCGAGGGUGUGUUCCAGAUACCAGUUUCCAACUGCUCAUUCUACACAACCUGUGCAGAGUGUGUGCUGGCCCGCAACCCCUUCUGUGGCUGGGACCCCAGUCGACAGGCCUGUGCGGAAGUGGCCAGCAUCUCAUCUAAUGCAGCCCAGGAUGUGGAGCUGGGAAACGUGACGAAAGCGUGCGGCGUUUCACAUUUUGGCAGAUCUGCUGGUAGAACAGCCCUCCCAGGUUCUGAUCACUGAUUGCCUACACCACUGCAGUAGAGGUAGAUUUAGAAUUUACUGUAUAACUGAGGCAAAGAUA